AAAUAUCAACAUUAUCUGUAGACUGUUCGAAAGUACGUGAUAGCGCAUUUUCAUCGGACUUUUAUUUUGACAUCUGUCAGACAGGAAGUGCCUAAAUGCGUGCAAACGCUGUGAAGUUGUAGGACAUGGGGGUUAAAAUAGAGGUUUUUAGGAUGAUGGUCUAUCUGUCCUUUCCAGUGGCGAUGUUUUGGAUUUCAAAUCAAGCCGAGUAUUUUGAGGAAUACAUCGUGAAAAGAAAGAGGGAAAUCUUCCCCCCUGAUGAAAAAAUGAAUAGACAAAAACUCGAGGACUUUAAGGAGCGCAUGAGGAACAGGAGGGAAGAUAAGAUGCUGAAGCAGAUGGCAAUGGAGUCUGAGGAAUGAUCACAAGACCAAAUAAUAAUUUAUUCUGUCAUACUGCAAACUUGGAAUCGAGACUUAUUGUGUAUCAUUAAAACACUGUAGUGGAGGUGUUUAUAAGUGGCAAAGCAUAUAUUUAAUGGUUUAAGAAUAUGGUUUUAAGUUGUAUGAUUUACUAGUGAACAGUUGGGGAAAUGUAUAUAUUUGUAAAUACGAGUUUUCACCACACUGCCAUGCACAUAGUGUGUAGCUUUCUGAAUGACUAUGAAAACACCGCUUUUGGUUUAAUACUUUGAUUUAUAAAUUCUAUACAAGUGAAAUUCUUGAAUCAUGUUGAAUUGUUUGAUUUUUGUCAUGCAAGCUCAAACACCUCUGAGACAACACUUGUGGACUAUGGAUACAGUUCUUCUGUGCCUUUACUUUAAAGGGAUUAUAGUUCACCCUCAUUGUCUCAUCAUUAUUCCAAACCUGUAUAAAUGUCUUUGUUCUGCUGGACACAAAGGAAGAAUACCAGUAAC